AUGAGCACUUCAUUCCUCCUCACAGCAGUCACAUUCCAACCAGUGACAACGGCCUUGUCGGACAUCUUCGGUCGCAAACCAACUCUUUACCUCUGUUGCGCAUUAUUUACCAUCGGCCUAAUCAUUUUUGGUACGGCAAAGUCAUCGAGCGUAGUCAUACUCGGUCGGACGAUCCAGGGCAUCGGAGGAGGUGGCCUCGAAGUGCUUUCUGAGGUCAUAUUAACAGACAUUACCACCUUGAAAGAAAGACCACUUUAUUUAGGAAUAAUGUCGUUAUUCUGGGCGGGUGCCGCAGUCGCAGGACCACCUAUUGGCGGUGCCCUCGCCGAAUACUUGAGCUGGAGGUGGUUGGCCUGGAUUCUACUCCCACUCAUGGGUCUAUCUCUUGCCCUUAUCCCCCCUUUCCUGACUCUUCAACAAGACACUAGCUCUGCGAUACAAAAGGCAAAGCGGGUAGACUGGGCUGGAAUAGCGCUUUUUAUUUGUGCCAGUACGCUCAUACUGUUUCCUAUUACCGCUGGUGGUCAGCUGUUUCCAUGGCAGAGUGUUCAAGUAUGGGCACCGUUUUCUGUCGGAGUAGCAUGCCUUGCUGCCUUUUGCUGGGUAGAGUACAAGGCAGUCGAGCCCAUGCUACCGUUUAGAAUCUUCAAGAGCGCUACUGUGUCUGCUGCCAUGUUUGGAGCCUGCUUGCACGGCAUUGUUGUUUGGUGCGUGCUCUACUUCUUGCCCAUCUACUUCCAAGCCGUUCAUGGUCGAUCCGCAGUCGAGUCUGGAAUCGACGGCUUCUCCUUCGGCUUCACAGCAACACCAGCAGCCAUCAUCACGGCUCUAUUGAUUGAAUAUAUCCGUCGAUACCUGUGGACCAUUGCUGGUGGCUGGGCCCUGGGCACAGCAGGCUCCGCAGCCAUGACAGUGUUGUCAGUCAGCACAAAUAUAGUGUCUGCCCGAGCCCUUCUCAUACCAUCAGGUAUAGGAUUUGGAAUGCUAUAUCCUGGACUUGCCAUGCCUAUUCAGGCCGGAACAGAUGUUAACGACGUGGGAAUAGCCACCGGCACGUUAGUGUUCUCCCGCAACCUUGGGUCGACUCUUGGCAUCGCAGUGAGUUCCGCGAUCUUUACCAAUCGAUUUGCAAGUCUAUUCAAAAAUAGCGGCCUUUCUUAUACAGACUUUGGGAUUGGAAAUGCCAAUGAUGCUCUUGGUCUGGUUCCUCAACUGCAUGCCUACGCACAAGCUGGCGGGCCUGCUUUCAGGACCCUUCAGGAGAUUUACGCCAGCUCCUUUAAGUCAAUUGCAAUAUUCAUGGCGGCUGUUUCUGGGAUCGGUCUCAUCACUACUAUCUUCAUCAAGGAAUUGGCUUUUGAGGAUGAGAAUCUGGGAAAGCAGAGACUGCGAGCCGCAGACUCCGAACUAGAGCCGGGGGCCAGUGGCCAGGCGUGUGUAGAGGUGAGAUAA